AUGUUUAUUAAGGAGAAAACAAGAUUUUCUUCAAAUCAAAUACUCCACUUUGCAACAAUCAGAAGCAAAAUUGUUGCUUUUGGUUCAAAGUACCUCUGUGAAAAUGUUCGUGUUUUAAAAAUGCUGUUAAAAUCAAAAGUUUUUCAGCCUGUAAAUUUAAAAGAAAUGAAGAUGAAAUGUGAAAAUCAAAUGAAAUUUCUAUUGAAAGGAAAUGACAUCAGGAAAUCAAACUCAAUAUUUAUUUUUUAUUUUAUCGUGACGAAAAAUUUAGAUUACUGCGGUCAACUCGCAUCAGGAAAAAAUUGUAAUUGUUAA